AUGCACUCUAUUCAAGCUUUAAAGUUGAACAAACUUAAUCUCGAUCCUGCAAUUUCUACAUCCAACGAUGAAUCAGAUUCGAAUAAGAAGAAAUAUAUCAAGUUCUCUGAUAGAUUUGGAACCACAGAACCUUUCUACAAAUACAUGGUCACAAAAUUCGAGUUGGUACACAACCACCUCUUAAACAUUUGUCCAGUCAUUCUCAUGGUUUUGGUACAUAAUGACCUUCUGUCACCAUUCUGGGCAGUAUUAAUUCAACAAUACUUAACAAUUAUAUGGACACUUUCUCUGCAUUCCCUUCUCCAUGCCAAGACAUGUGUCGAUUCCAAUCAAAACUAUGAUUUGCUUACUGACAUUCUUAUUGGAAUUCCAUAUUUUGGUUUAUUCACUCCUUCCAUUGCUAAAUUUGGUCAUGACACACAUCACAAUUACACUGGAACUGAAAAGGAUUUGGAUCACUUCUUCUUCAAGACUGAAAAUCCAAUUCUCCUCUUUAUUUAUUCCUCAUUCUUUUCUGAAUAUUACAUUUUCUGCUAUUUAUGGGAGAAAUCUUCAGAAAAGAUGCAAAUUUUAAGAAGUGUUUCAAUCAUGCUCGUUAAAUUGGUGAUUUUAUUGACAAUGUACAAGAUUUUGGGUAAUUCCUUCUUGAUUAUCUUUUUGAGUUCAAGAUUUGCAAAGAGUUACAUUUUUGCUUCCUUUACUCAACUUGUCCACAAGAUUGAUUUGGAAACAAUUUUAUUCGAUUUGGAAGAAAGAUUGAAUUUGCCAAUCACUAUUGAUACUAUUUUGCAUUACACUUUCGGAUACAAUAUUCAUGUAGUCAAGUAUCACGAUGAUCAUCAUGCUUACAGAAUGAUUUGUCCAUCUGCUUACUAUCCAGCUCUUCAUAAUUAUUAUAAGAAACAUCAAGUGAAGGAAAAUAAUAAUAGAAUUGACAGUCCUGGAAGAAAUAAAGCAAUAUAA